UUUCUUCUGUUUUCACUUAAGAGCGUCUUACAGCCAAUAUUACACUACUAUUCGUAAUGCAAUUUCUAUAUAAGUUUCUAGUAUUCGUUUCGCUUACAUAAUUUUCAGCGAUCCGGCAAGCUGGUUGGCAAAAAAGUUGAAGAAACGAUCAAUCGCGCGCCUUCUAUGUACUUCGCGUAACAAUCGACUAACUGAAACGUCUCGGUAACAGGCAUGAGAUAACGCGGCUGAUCGAGAAACGAUUCCGCGUAAGAACCACCGCCUUUAGCCGAGGGGCAAAAACCAAAACGCUUUCGCGGGGCCAACGUUCUCAAGUACCGUUAUGUCACUCGAUUGUGCCGCGAUCGAUACGAUCUCGACGCCAACGUUUCGUUUCAGUGAUCAUGGAAAGCGUGAAAUCGGUCGUGCGGCACGUGGCGCGAUUUGUCCUAGUUAUCGAUCGUUGUCCUUCGACUCGUGAAUUCAUCGAUCAGAGAUAAAUGCGUCGACGAAGAUGUAAAUUCGUCGUUGGAAGAAUAGCGAUUCGAUUUGUCGGAGUAAAUGGUUUCCAAAUAGAAUUUGGAAAUUUGUAUGUACCUUCGGCAUACUAAGAUCUCUUAAUCUACAAACUUUUCUUCCAUUUAUCCAUGAAAAUGAUCAAAUUUUUUUAUGAUAAGGCAACUCUUCGUGCAAGUAGAUAUACAAUACAUUUUUUAAAAGAUAAAUGGACAGUUUAGUUUGCAACGUGUUACAGCUCGAAUCCUUAAACGUCAACAAGAUCUUCCGAUUAGUCCAAACAAGUAUUUUAGGGUUUUAGGGAUGAAGAACAACGAUCCAAAAUAUUUUCCGAACUAAGCCACACAGCAACAUUGCAACAUGUAGAUAUUUCGGGACGUAUCAACGUUCGUAUAGCUCAUAGAACCACUUUAAACCAAUAUAACUAAACUAAUCAAGUACCUUUAAAUCAAUUUACUCAACGUGUACAUUAAAUUGAAAUACUCGUCUCGAUCACUAAAACUGCCCAUUUCAUCAUCCACUUUAACUUUUCAUUCGAAAAAGCUUCAGAUUAAUUCCAUUAACUUCGAAAACCCUCACUUGCUAUCUAUCGUUACAUUUUGCCAAUCGAAACGCGUCGAUUUUCGAAGCGGCGAUACCACCGAGAUCCAUCGACUGGUGAAAUCUUCGAAAUCGUUGCGAAAUCCCUUCGAUCUCCGGCAUCUGCCUUCUGCCUUCCGAUAUCCCUUCUGCUUGGAAGAAAAUUCGCGACAGAGCCGAGUGGGAGGAGCUGGAUAAAGCAGCCUCUGCCGAAGUUUACCAACAAACGAUCGACAUCGAUAUCGGUGAAUCGAAAGCAUCGGAAGCAUGUGGCGUGGACCGGUCGUCGUGUUGCUCCUUCUCGUCUGUCGCGAUUCGCUCGAAGCUGGUGGUCGCGACGACGACGCAAGUGUGGACGAGUUGUUGCGUCGAGAAGUCCGUGAACCGGCAUGGUCGGUCUUCGCCACGGAAGUCGAGGAUUUGCUCGGAGAGGGAAACUCGCCGGAAAAAGAGAAAACUGGCAAGAAGGGCGGGAAGAAUGCGUCUGGCAAAUCAGACGAGGGCGGAUACUACAAAACGUACGGCAGCGACGCUGAGGGCGAGAAGGGUUACUUGACGGCAACCUACAGCAAGGGCAAUCACGGCUAUAAGAGCCUCGACACCUUCCACAAGCAGGAUGGCGACAAGUACGCAUUCGAGAAGCACGUUGCCUACGGCAAAGCGCGUGCUGACAAGAAAAGUAGCCACAACGACGAGGCAGCCUCUCGUUCCAGGAAAGCCGGUGAUCACGAGGGUGCAGAUACCAUCGUCGAUACCCAUUAUGCAACCAACGAGGGCGAUCAUCACGACGGUGGCAAAGAACACGACGCUGAAGCCAACGAUCAUGGGAGCUAUACUCACGAAGAUGGCGCUCACUAUAUGGCUCAUGGACCAGAAUCUUCGAGUUAUGGACAUAGUGAAAGCUACACGGAUGGAGAGGGUGAACAUAGUUCUUACGGAAGCUACAGCUCCUACUCGAGAGGCUCCGGCGACGAACACGGUGGUGACGGGGACCAUUACUAUUAAUCCUUUGCCAAAUGGCUGAUGUUUAGUUGUCCGAUUUUCUAUGGAACGUAUUAUCACGGCAAAAGUGCCUAAUUUCGAGACCAGAACGGUGUAAGUGGAAAUGACGACAAUUAAAACGAGACAAAGGAAGCAAGAAGUGAUAUUUUGUAUAGAUAUCGUCGUCAGCGUAGAAUGAUAUUUCCUUUGACGCAAAGUUGUUUUGAAAAUUGUCCGCGAAGGAUUAAAAUUGGCCAAAAUGAAGUUGUUAAGUUUUUGUUUAUGGCUGCUGUAUUUCUAGUAUUAGAUAUUUAAUUAAUAGACGUUAGAAUUUAUUUUUAGACAUGUUGUGUACAAAUAUAGACAUAGUUUCUUCCUUAGAGUGUUUAUUGCAAAACUUACUAAUUUAUAAUUUACAAUGUUGUUUCUCUGAUGGCAUAUCUGUUAUAUUAAAUAAUAAAUUAUACGAGCUUAUUCAUUUAAUAUCGUGUAUUAGAAAAGAAGCAAACGCAAGGAAAUAAACGCUCGAUACAGUACUAGAUAGAACUUUUCAAACGUAUCCAAUUAUAUUCAUACGACGUUCUCGAGCAGCAGAUUUACGUAUCGAGCGAAAUUCGGAAAAUCCGCUACGUAAAAUGUAAAGCGUGAUAUUUCAACAGCAAUUACUGACAAUUUUUUAAAUUAACGCGUCGAUGUAGAAAAAAUUAUACAAAUUGGACGAAAAACGUAUAAACGAUGGGUUGGACGCGACACACCGUUCAACUUCGUGUCAUCAAUUAAGAAUCGAUCAAUUAAAUCCGUAUGAUUAUAAGAAUAAUCUGGAUCAAACGGCUUUCGACAACAACGAAUAUCGUAUCAUCUGGAAAUGAAUUUUUGCGACGUACUCGUACAAUAUUCUUAUUAAACGUUUCAUAAUUAAUACGUCGGUAUCUGUUUGUUUACGACGUUAUCAAAAAUCGAUCGAUACGGUUUGAUGUAAUCGCGCGAUCGCAGACACGAAACAACUUGUUAAGAGACGAAUUUUCCAUGUGUGCAUUACGCUCGAACUGUCAAUGCUUGCCAUUGUUACUUGACAAUAAUACGAACACCAAUUAUUUUAGAAAUGCAAUGCGCGCGCGCGUUCGUUGUGUAACGAACACAACGCGUAAUUUUGAUGCCAUGCAAAGGUGGCGCCUUGUUAUUACGAAAUUUAAUGAUAUUACGUUUGUAUCGCAUUGAUGAGCCGAUCUAAAUUGCAAUUGGUCAUCGUUCGCUGUUGUUCGUCGAUGCUCGUUACAUUAACGUUCCUAUAGGCACGCUCCAUUAUUGGCCGGGUAAUUUGUUCGAGAUCCAUAUCAUCGUGUCAAGUG